GUUGAACACGCUACUACCUGUGUUUAGAUUGAGCUGUGUUGCUCACUUCCCCAUUGAUAGAAUUUUAAUAUUCCUAUGAAUAGGCGGAUUAAUUAAGAAGGCUUUCUGUACGUGCGAAAGCUUGGCAAUUUAAAGACCAACUCAGGCAUAUUAUAUGCCGCGCUCAAAGAGCCGUGGUUUAUGCCUAGGUUGUGCCUUUGUUUGACAAUAAGCUCGGAGAUAACUAUAUAUUGAGUAUUUACAACAGUUUUCAUCAGUAGCAGUAAUAUACUAGCCGAUCAGGAUGUCAGUACGUAUGUAGGCUUUAUACAACGGCGGUACAUUAUAUACAGUACUGUAUAGUCUAAGCAUUGUUAUGGAUUGGCUAAAGCGGCGAGCAUCGCGAGGAACUAUGGCUCAAGCCAGCACAGGAUUAGUGGAUGACUUGACGGUGCUAACAACUCUUGAUGAGAAAACGUUGGUAGCCGAGUUGAUGAGUCGCUAUGAAUACGACAAGAUUUAUAUAUCUUGUUCAUAUACAAAUAUGAAAUACCGCAAAUCGAUGCCACCGCAUAUCUUUGCGGUUGCCGAUAAGGCCUACAGCAGCAUGAAGCGAACGCAGAGCCGACAGUGUUGCGUCAUCAGCGGAGAAUCUGGUGCCGGAAAAACUGAAAGUGCGAAAUACAUUAUAGGACAUAUCAUAAGUCACUGUAAUAGCUGUAAACAGAACCUACAGGGAAAGAUUCUCCAGGUAAACCCUCUCCUCGAAGCAUUCGGUAACGCUCAAACAUCCAUGAAUGACAAUUCCAGUCGAUUUGGAAAAUUUGUUGAACUAAAGUUCUCCGAAGAUGGCCAGAUUGUUGGAGCUAAAAUCGACCAAUAUUUAUUAGAGAAAUCACGUGUCAUCCAGCAGUCCAAUGGAGAGAAAAACUUCCAUAUUUUCUACUACAUGUUCGCUGGGCUUACAGAGCAACAAUUGGUAGGGUUCUUUUUAAGCCCACCUGAAGAGCACAGAGUGCUAAACAAGUAUGGAAGAGAUCACAUAUAUUCAAGUGAAGAUGACUUUUUCCACUGCCAGAAAAUGUUUGAUGAACUUCAAGAUAUUUUAGAGAUGGUGGGAUUCACCCCGGAGGAUAUCCACAUGAUUUUCACGAUGCUCUCUGCCGUUGUUCAAGUUGCUGAUAUUGAGUUUGAAACUGAUCAGGAUACAGAAGGAGCUUAUAUCGUCGAUGAGUAUGUACUUAAAGUCGUAUCAAAGCUUUUGUCUAUUGAUCCGACGGAACUUGCAACUGCCUUAAUAUCGAAUGUUAGUGUCACUAGAGGAGAACGGGUCUUGAGUUUAAAGAAUGUUGAGAAAGCCAAAGACGGGCGCGAUGCCCUCGCCAAAGCCCUGUACAGCCGCCUGUUUUCAUGGAUUGUUCGCCAGAUCAACACAUUGCUUGCUCCCGACGAAGGUCACAUGAGCAAACCAGGUUGUGAAGUGGGUAUCCUCGAUAUCUAUGGGUUUGAGAACUUUGAGAGAAAUGGCUACGAGCAACUGUGCAUCAAUGUUACUAACGAACAGUUACAGUUCUACUUCAACCAGCGUAUAUUUGCAUGGGAACUGCAGGAGUACGCACAAGAGGGAAUCCCCAAAUCUAGCAUCAAGUUUACUGACAAUCAACCCACUUUGGACCUUUGCCUUUCGAAACCUCUAGGAAUAUUUUCAUUACUGGAUGAAGAGAGCCGCUUUCCAAAGGGAUCUGACAAGUCACUCGUCAGCAAAAUUACAUCAAAUCAUGGCAAACACUCUAACUUUAUAAAGCCAGCCAGAAAAAAUAGUGGCUUGGCCGUCUUCGGCGUCAAACACUUCGCUGCAGAUAUUAUGUAUGACGCAAAUGGAUUUUUGGAGAAGAACAGAGACACUUUCAGCCAAAACUUACAAGAUGUCAUGAGCCAAAGUGGAAACAUCUUGCUAAAGUUCUUGUUCUCAGAUGAAGGAAAUGAGAAAGAUGUGAGGCAAGCUCUUCGCAACCAACGUGAUAUUCUUCUUUGUAAGAAACCGACAAAGAUCAUUCAUGAUGGGACGAUGAGUAUCUCACGUAGUCAGGGAAAGAAACUCAAGAAACAAAUGAAAGAAGGAGCAGCGAAAGCAAAAGAAGACAAGAAGCGAAAGCAAGCCAAUUCAAGUGGACUUCAUUUUAGAGAAUCUUUGACGGAUCUAAUGCAGAAGAUGCUAGGAGCAGAGCCGCAGUUUGUCCGUUGUGUCAAGCCCAAUAUAUACAGUAAACCAAACGAAUUUGAACCCCAACUUGUUGUGAGGCAACUCCGUUACACUGGUGUCUUGGAAACUACGCGCAUUCGUCGUGAGGGGUUCCCAACCCGGCUCUUAUUCGCAGAAUUCCUACGCAGGUACAAGUUUAUCGCUUUCAAUGCUUCAAAAGAUAUAAAGGUUUCUUCUUCUUCCUGUAAGAAAAUAUUUGAAGUGGUCGGUGUGGAAGGAUACGAGAUUGGUAAAACUAAGGUAUUCCUUAAGUACUGGCACACUGAACAACUUGACUCAGUCCUGGAUAACUUAAUAGAUUGUGUGAUCACGUGCCAACGGCUUGUUCGCGGGCGGAUGGCCAGACGGCGCUUUCACACUAUUCUUGCAAAACGACGCAAAGAAGUGAAGCAACAACGUCAAAUGUUUGAAUUUAUGGAUGUGCUUGGAGAGCGAUUCUUUUCGGAAAUGAUAAGGCUAGAUAAACUUGACCAGAAAAAGCAGGAAAGCCGACAACGAGAGAUGUUAUAUGGAGAAUUGAAGUUGCGCACGGAUCGCCAUCGAAUAAAUAUCGAAAAUCGGAAAGUGGCCCCGACCCCAGCAAGAAAACCUCAACGCUUGAGCUACGGCGAUAUCACCACUGCUAACGGAAAUGUUAGCAAAGCAGAUAUAAAGACCAAGAAAAGUAAAAUGCAAGAGGUAAGAAUCACUAACUAUUAUUUAGUAUUCGACAUUCAAGAAUACAAGGUUCAACUGGCUCUGGAGGCGCGUAAGGAGACCGUGGACAGAGUGCGAUUGCGUCAUUUGUCAUCUGUUGCAUUGAGCUUCGUUAAGGAUGCAGUUGAGGACACCAAGACACCUUGUUGGGUAGUUGUUGUCGUUUUACCUGCAAUGAGAAUGGACAACAAGAAAGUUCUUGCGGGUGCAACAGAGAUCUUGCAAGUCUUCAGAAAAGCGUCAGAAAUUGAGAGGAACCUUAUGGGACGAUCGGCGAGUCGAGUCUGGGCCAAAGGAAGUUCACGCGUAAGUAACGGUAGUCGCGAAAACCCGAAUGGUCGGCGAGCAAGAUUGCAGGCCAUGGAAGCUUCCAGGAUUAAAGGCGGGGAAGUCAAAUACAGCUGGCAAACCUCGAAUGAAAAUAAAGGGGUUAACGGCCUGACGGUGGAUUAUGAUGAUGAUACUGAAUCCGUGUUGUAUCAAAGUACUGUAAACCAACCCCCAGUGCAACGGAAACGUACGGCGCUAGACACAAUUAAUCGCAGAAGUAAAGCUGUGUACCGCCAUAGGAGCAUAAAGCGAGAUGUAACGAAUGGAGAUGGUACAGCUGUACAAGAUAAGCGGCUGUGGGCAAGGCAUAACGGUCGUUCUGAAAUGGAAUUCUGAGCCUAGAAUGUAUAAGUUAACAUUUCAUAAAUUAUUUUAAUAUGUAUAUUAGUCAUUUUUAGGUGUUUUUAUUUUAUUCUCAUUGAAUUUCCAACUGAAUUGGAUUUAUUGCAGAGCGGCGCUUAUUCGAAUUGCGCUUAUACAAAAUAAUUUAGAAUGUGAAAUAAUAGUCCUCAGUAAAUAGAUAUUUAUGGAAAAUUUCUGGACGGUUUGUACAUGAUGCUUAUAGUUUUAUAUUAUAUUAACUACCAGGUUCAUUCAUAGCUCUACUUUGGAUACAUAUAAUAUAGGCGUACACACACAUAUGCAUAAAAAUGCAUCUAGAGUACCUUGAUAAGAAAUGCCUGUACAAUAUCCGUUGGCCUCCUUCGUUCGACGCGGUGUCAGUGUACUGCGGACCAGGCUUAAAACAUCUUUAUGAUAGGUGUUUUAAUUUAAUGUGUAGAAAUAAUACAGGAUUAGUUUCCAAACUGAAUAAUUGCAUCAGACGUUACAAAAUAAAACGGGAAUUCUUUUUAUAAACCAAUCAACACAACUUGUGACGUAUAUAGGAUUAUAAUGAUAACAGUAUGGUUUUUACACACAUUGAGCGCAAAUUAUACGCCAUCUUGAAUACAGUAUUUAAAAAAUACAGUGCAUCAUUGUGAAAGUGAAACUGCACUGCAAGCAAAAGUUUGUGCAUAUUCCAAACUUCAAUAUUCCGCCGUCAUGUCCAUACAUGAAUUAUAACUAAUAAUAUUCCAAUUCUUAGAUAAUGUAUUGUGCUUUUUGUUACUGUCUUCCCGUUACUCGUUUUAAAACCUUGAUCUUAUGCCUAGAAAAGGUAAAUUAUAUAAUUUCAUCUAAUAAAUAGGCCUAUACCUAUACUCCAAUGAUAUAAUAUUGUAUUCACGCUAUUUUAAUAUUCAUUAACAAAAUAACUUUUUGUGUCUGCGUUACAGUUUUAUUUAGAUUUUUUAUUUAUUUAUUUUUAUGGAAACAGGCCACGUAUCGCUUUGCUCAAUAUAGGCCUAUUGUUUUGUAUCGGUACGUACUUUUUACUAGUCUUACAAACAAGGGAUGAAAAUAUGUUAAACGUACAAAAACAAAUGAAGUACAGUAGAUCAUUUUAUUAUUGUUAUUAUUGUCUAGAAAACACUUCAGGUCAGAUCGGCCCUUCUCAAUGUAGGUAUUAAUUUUACCCUAUUAUAUAGGCCUACCUUUACUGAGAAGGGCAGAUCUGGGCGAAACUUUAAGGUAAAAUUUAUUUUUGUCUUGACGUCUUGUGAUCCCCUGUUUGCAGCGCCACAAAAAAGUAUAAAAGCAUAAAUACAUUUAAAUACCAUAUUUUGCUGAAUAGGUAUUACCAUAAUAGUAAUGCCUUCAAGUUUUAUAUUCGGCUUUCCAAUUAUGAACGAGUGCUAUAUCACGCGUUCAGUCUACCGUACCUUCACAUUUUAGAUGCCUGUAGAUAUCUUCAGUUAUGAUAAACAACAUAGCAAUGUAGGCCUAUUAGAAAUGAGGAUGAGGUAUCAUUGAUUUUUAAUCAAUAGUAAUUUUGCAUAAAUGCUAUAAAUGGAAAAGCAAAAAGUGUAAGUUGAUCCAUGGCUUAUCGUAUUAAAUUUAGCCUGUGUUCGGUAUCACGUAGGCACAGGUCUAUACAUUUUGAUAAUAAAUAUCUGGAUUUAGUCAUUAUUGCUUAACUAACUUUUUAUUUUUAACCACAAUGUUGCUUAUAAAAAAUGUUUUGUCUUUGUGAUGAAUAAAGGUGGGAUGACCCCACAAGAGAUAAAAAAAAAAA